AUGGACAAGAGUAUCCUCAUGUAUGUGUCAUCAACUAGGAGCUCAUCACAAUUUGAGUCGCUUCCUCUUCAAGUUGACGACAACGUUUUAGCUCCCUUGCUGGUUGCUCGCAACCUCGGCGUCUCGAUCGAUAGUACUCUAUCUAUGAUUCCGCAAGUGAAAAAUGUGUGUCGAAAGGCGAUCUUUCAGCUGCGACGGAUUGGCAAGGUCAGGAAAUACCUCACUAAGGCUGCUGCGAAGAGUUUGGUUCAAGCACUGGUGCUGUCUAAUAUUGACUACGCUAUUAAUGCGUUACUGUUUGGUCUGCCAAACGAGCUUCUGGAGCGCCUGGAGAAAAUUCAACGCUUGGCCGCUAGGCUAGUUGUCGGUGCGAAAAAGAAUGACCGCAUCACUUCUCAUAUGAAGGCGCUACAUUGGCUUCCUUUACGCCAACACAUCGUCUUCAACCUGAUGGUGCUGACAUAA